UAUUUUUUAUAUACGACGGAAGUUUGUUUUGUAUCACUUUAUGUGUAAUUUUUUUUGCAAUAGCAAUGAAGUGUUUGAUUGUAUUGCUGUUUGUGUUAUGCAAGUUAGUGUGGAUUUUAGGCGAUGAUGAUAACUCUACAAGUGAUAACUCACCAAAUAGUUCAACAUCAAGUAGCACUGAAAAUGCUCCAACACCAAGUAAUGACCCUACAACUACUACAACACCAAGGACUUCAACAUCAGGUAGCACUGAAAAUACUCCAACACCAAGUAAUGGCCCUACAACUACUACAACACCAAGGACUUCAACAUCAAGUACCUCAAAAGCAGCGACAUCAACUGAAAAACCAGACAAUUCGUGCUAUUUUUUGGGUAGGUUUACAAUCCCUAUCUUGUCAUGUAAACACGACUGCAGCUUAAUCCGACUUCCACUUAUUGGAACAUGCAAGACUAAAGGACUUAAUUGUUGUAUCUACUAAGCGGAGUAAGCUAAGCAGCUGGUUACAACCUGAAUAAAUUUAUUCCACUGUG